AUGGUGCAUAACCUCCUCUACCUCUCAUCAAUCCCCACCCUCCUCAUCUGCAUCGGAAUUCCCCUCUACAUCUCAACAACCAACAACAGUAAUAGUAGUAAGCCCAGCAGCGGCAGCAGCAUCUCCUGGUCCCACAAUACAGCAACAAACCUCCUCUCCUCCCUCUUCGAACGCGCAGCCGUAGCAAUUUCUCCCCCAUCAUCAUCAUCAUCAUCAUUAUCAACACCCCUCCUCCCACCAGGCCUCGCACACAGCAUCAACAGUUUCGAGCACUACACCCAUCUCGCCUCAGCCAUAAUCCACCGCAAACACACACGCUAUCUUCAGCAGAAUCCCGCACAGAGGCAACUCAGUCAGCAAGUGGGAUACACUGCGCAUUUCGAGCGAGCGAGAAAAGGGAUAGAAGUGAAUUCGCGAUUAUUAGAAUUGAUGGCAAAAUUCGCGAGGGAGAAUUAUCAGACGGGAUUGCAAUCGUUGCAGACAGAGGCUGGGAAGGAGGCGGAUUUGGAAGAUGCGAGUAUGGCUUUGUAUCAUCUGAUGCGGGAUUGGAGUGCGCAGGGGGAGAAGGAGAGGCAGGCGGUGUUUCCGCCGGUGCUGGAAGGGUUGGAGAAACAUUUUGGUGGGAGGAGGAGGAGGAGCGGUGAGGAGAAGGAAGAGAAGGAAGAGAAAAAGGUGCUGGUACCGGGAAGUGGUACAGGGAGGCUCGCAAGCGAUAUAGCGGAUCUCGGCUUCAAUGUCACAGCCAAUGAUAUGGAUUACUGCUCCAUUCUCGCCUAUCACUUACUCACGAACCACACGAGUGCACUGCACGAGCACACUUUGCAGCCCUUUGUGACGAGAUGGCCGCAUCAGGCGAAUGCCUUCGCACGCUACUCGUCCUUGACAGUGCCGGACCACUGGCCCAACAAGUCCGUGAAGCUGGUCGAGGGCGACUUUUUAGAGAUGUUCCCUCAGGACGGCGAAUUCGAUGCGGUUGUGACACUAUUCUUCAUCGACAUGGCCGACAACGUCAUCGACUUCGUGAGCAAUAUCCACCGGCUGCUGAAGCCUGGUGGCUUAUGGAUUAAUCUUGGACGUACGUUACUCUCUUUUCUUUCUUUUUCCUCUAUCCAACUUUGCACGCCGGAUCCUUACUCGUUCACAGCCCUUAAAUGGGGUUCCUACGCUGAACUCCAGCUCUCGGCCGAGGAAGUGGUCCAGCUGGCAGAGCUGCUCGGGUUCGAUGUGGACCACUCGUCAAGGCAGAGUAUCGAUAGUGUCUACGCCGAACCGCCGGACACGUUACUGAAGUUCACCUAUGGUAAGUGUGAAGCGAGUGUUCCGCAGGCAAGAAUGUGA